UCUGUUUUUUAUACAAAAAAUAUUUAAAUAUUUGACAAAUUUUUUAAAUUUUUAAGUAGUGUAAUUAAAUUGAUGUAGAUUUCAUACCUGCCAAAAAGUGUUCAAUAUAUUAUACACCUGUACCACUUAAUGCAAAAUUAUAAACGCAGUAUAAAAGGAAUUAUAAAAUUAUAUAGGAUAAUAGAUCAUACCUGGAUUUUUACAUUUAAAGAUUAAAAGUUCUUUUUUAGUGCUUAUAUUUGUUGGCAUACCAUUGAAAAAUUACUUAAAGAAUAAACAGUCCAUACUGGAUUCAUUGUCUUUAUUUGAAAUUCAAUAAUUAAUUUUAUGAAUUAAAAUACCUAAGUACUUGGAUAAAGAUUCCGGUGAUGUGAUCUCCCCACACAUUUGGAGGAAAGUGUAAAAUAAUGUAGGAUGUUCGUUAAGUGUAUGUGCACUUAUUUUUUUAAAAAACCAAAUAACUGUAAUGAGUGUAGCAUUUAAAAUAGAACAAAAGCAAGAUAAUAGCAAAUCGAAUGAGUGUGGCCAUUCGGAUUUUGAAAUAUUCCGUUUAAAGGUUAAUGUGAAAUAAGGAAUUUCAUGCGUAAGGGAUAACACAAUUAUAAAAGAGAAACACACCAUUCCUAUACUAUGAUAUUUUAAUAGAGAUCAAAUGAAAGAUGCCAAGAAUUGUUUUACCUCAAAUACCCGAAGAUCCAACAGCAGAAUCACUUUUAAAUAUAGAUAACGAUGAUUCCAAUGGAAAUUUAUCGAAUAAAGAGAAAAUUGUUUCCGACAAUAAUGAUGAACAAUUAUUUCGAAGUUUUACUGCUUCACAUAAAUUAGAAAUAGCACAAAUGCCAAAAACGGAUUCAACAGAAAUGACCCAAUGUACUCAACUAGAUAAAGAUGAGAAAAUAAAUAGUUCAACAGUAAACUCGCCAAAUAACAGAGAUGACCUCAAUUAUGAAGGACCAAAAUUAUGGAGGAAAAUUGUUAAAAAUUGGUCAGUUAUAUCACAACUAUUGGCAUUAUUAGUAAUUUUUACUGUUAUAUGGGCAACAUUUUAUUCAAUAAUACCACAAUACACAGCAUUAAAUUCAACAAUAAUGAGAAUUGCAUAUUUAUUUAUUGGAGCACAAAUUUCUGGUAUUUUGGUAACAUUUAUACGUUUACCAGAUAUGCUUGGUAUGCUUUUUUGGGGUGUACUAUACACAAAUAUUGGACUAGCUAAUUUUGAAGGAUAUGAAGGAUUAGAAGCAGUGUUACGAGAAAUGGCUUUAGUGAACAUUAUGCUUCUAGCUGGUUUUGGUUUAGAAUUCAAUGCAUUCAAAAAAGUCUGGUUAAUUGUAAUGCAGUUGACCUUCAUUCCAACAAUAGCCGAAGUACUUAUAAUUACAAUUUUAGCAUAUUUUUUAUUACAAAUGCCAUGGAUUUGGGGUGUUUUAUUGGGACUUGUGAUAACUGCAGUAUCACCAAAUGUUGUUGUCACGGUAAUGUUAAAAUUAAAGGAAGAUCGCUUAGGUUUAAAUAAUGGCAUUCAUACAGUUAUAUACGCCAUGACAACUUGUAAUGAUGUUGUUGCCAUAUUUUUAUUUGGUGUUUUAAAUGGUGUUAUAUUUUCCACUGGAUCAUUAUCAGAUCAGUUAUUACAGGGUCCAGUAGGUAUUGGUGUUGGAAUUGUAUUUGGAGGUUUAUAUUCUAUUUUAGUUUUACAACUACCUUCAGAUAAUUCAAAAUACGUUAAUGGUUUAAGGUACUUAAUGAUUGUUCUUGGUGGAAUGGUUUGUGUUAAAGGAAGUCAAGCUAUUGCAUAUCCAUCAGCUGGAGUUCUUGGUUGCGUAACAAUUGCUUUUAUUACUGGAACGCAAUGGAAAGGAAAAAUUACAAAUGAUAAACAUGUGAAUUUUCAAGUAACAGAGAGACUUGAUUUAACAUGGAAAUUUUUGAAGCCCGUAUCAUUUUCAUUAAUUGGAAAAGAAUGUAAUUUUUCUGUAUUAAAUCCUACUUUAGUUGGAUAUGGUAUUAUCGUAAUAAUAAUUGGAUGUGUGUUUCGGUUAGUCGCAUCUUUUCUAUCAACAUAUGGCAGUGGAAAAUUGGUAUGGAAGGAACGUGCUUACAUUACAAUUUCUGGUUUUCCAAAAGCAACUGUUCAAGCAGCACUUGGUCCAAUAGCAUUAGAUACAGCUAGACAAUUAAAAGAAUCUGAUGAUGUUAUAGCUUUAGCAUCAAAUAUAUUAAUAGUAUCAGUAAUUGCUAUAAUAUUUACAGCACCACUUGGUGCUAUUUUAAUGUUACGAUUAGCACCAAUAUGGUUAAAAUGGUGUCCACCAACACCAAGAACAUCAAUUAUAGAAGAGAUAACAAAUGGUGAAAUAACAACACAAGCUAAUGUUCCAGCUGGUGCUGUUACUAAUACUGUUGAUCCAAUAGUAGUAACACCAAAUUUUGAUCCACCAGAAUUAUCACAAUUAGAUAGACAACUUUCACAAGUAUUACACUCAAAUCAUAAAGUUGAAUAAUAAUUAAUUUUAUAUACAUAAGUAUAAAUAUAUUUACUUAAUGUAUAUAUUUAUAAUAUACUCUGCUAGAUAUUUAUACAUAUGUAUAUAAAAAGGAUAAUCGUGAAAAAUUGUGAUUGUAAUAAUUAUAUAUACAAAGAAUUCGUUAUAUUUAAAUUAGCAUCUGACAUCAUCAUCAUUACAGAACAAAAAAUAUACAGAAAUAAAAAUUAAUUACAGAUAUAAUAAUUGAAUACAAUUUAUAUCGUUUAGAAAAUUUCAAGGACUCUCAAUUGAAAAAGAUUAUUUUAAUAUUAUUUUUGUUUGUUUUUCUUACUUUGCCACCAAUAAAGGAUAAAAUUUAUUAUCUAUGGCAGAAGACGUAGUGUCUUUAAUAUUAUUAUUAUGUAAAUAUUUUUUUUUUGGAAUAUAAAUUUUGUCUGGUUUAUAUAAUCAAUUUGUUAAUAGAAUUGAAAUUUUGUAAUUUUUACUUAAAUAUUUUUAUGAUUUUUGUACUUAAAAAAAUUAUGAAUAAGUCAUAGACGUCAUAGUACAUAAUUUGUUAAGCAGUAUACAUGAAUGUAAAGAAAUAUUUUUCAAUAUUUCUAUAACUCAAUCUAAGAUUACUUUUAUAGUGCAGAAUUGAAAAUUUUUAUUAAAACUCUAUAAUUGUAUGCUUUCAGAACCAUUGAUAGCUUUAUUUUAAAAGAUGCAUUUUAGAAAUAUGUUCUUGCUUUUAAAUUAUUUUAUUAUAAGACUUCAGUUAUAGUGAUUAUGUUUUAUUUUAAAGGUCCCAACAAGUAAAUAAUAUACAAAAGGGCAGCAUAUAUUUUUUUUAGACUUUGUAGAUUUCCAAAUUUUGCUUAUAAUUUAAGAAAAAUAAUUAUUAUUGUACUUAGAAGAAAAUGUAUAGGAAAUUAUUGUUAAUAAUUAAAAAUAAUAAAUUUAAUGCGUGUAAUGUCAACUUUACGCAAUUUUUUAUAAUAA